AUGGCACCACCUUCUGGGCACAGCCUCCUUCUGACCAGUGCACUGGGCAUCUUCAUACUCCACUGCUUCACACGAGGGCAGAAGAACAGCACACUCAUUUUCACAAAGGAAAACAUCAUUCGGAACUGCAGUUGCUCUGCAGAUGUCCAGGACUGUGACUAUAGUUUGGCCAACUUGAUGUGCAGCUGCAAAACUGUCCUGCCUUUUGCAAUAGAGCAAACCAGCUACGAUGGCCAUCUGACCAUCUGGUUCACGGAUACAUCUGCACUGGGCCUCCUAUUGAACUUCACACUGGUCCGGGACCUGAAGCUUUCUCUGUGUGGUACCAACACUCUCCCCACUGAAUACCUGGCUAUCUGUGGUCUGAAGAGGCUUCGUAUCAAUGCUGAGGCCAGGGGUCCAUCACUGGAGCAGAGCUUACUCAUCUACAACAAUGGGGAAAGUGAACCCAGAGAGAAGAUUAUGUUGUUACACAAAGGCUGGCAAACAUGUAUGUACAUCUCCUUCUUGGAUAUGGCACUUUUCAACAGGAAGUCAUCCUUGAAGGCAUACAGUAUUGAAAACGUUGCCAGCAUUGCCAACACUUUUCCUUACUUUUCUUACUUUGAAACUAUCCCAAUUUUAAGCAACAAAAGCUAUGUGGUCACAUUCAUUUACUAA